AUGCUCACUAUCGUUGACCGCUUCACCCGUUGGCCAGAAGCAACCCCGGUCCCCGACGCCACCGCGGCCACCGUCGCUUCGACCCUCCUAACAACAUGGGUGUCGCGGUACGGCGUUCCUUUCACCAUCACGACGGACCGCGGCGCCCAAUUUGAGUCCGCCCUCUUCACCAGCCUCACCAACAUACUGGGCGCCAGACGGAUUCGUACUACCGCAUACCACCCGGCCUCCAAUGGCAUUGUGGAGCGGAUUCACCGUCAGCUAAAAGCCGCCCUCCGGGCGUCGCCUCAAGUCCCGCGGGCCGAAGUUCUCCCCAUUGUCCUUCUUGGGAUCCGAUCGGCUUUCAAACCCGACUUGGGUUGCUCAACAGCCGAGUUGGUCUAUAGCACCUCACUGCGAUUCCCCGGCGACCUCAUCUCUGGCGCAGCGGACCCCUCAGCCGUACAACCAGCCGGCUAUGUGUCCCGCCUACGAGACACGAUGAAUGCUCUUCGUCCCAGCCCCACCAGCACACCACGCCCUGCCACCAGUUUCCAGCACCCCGCCCUCGAAACAUGCUCGCAUGUUUUCCUUUGGUGCGACGCCGUGAGGAAACCCUUGCAACAACCCUACUCUGGUCUUCGCACCGUACAGCACAGAGCCUCCACCCAAUACACCAUCCUGGUCAGCGGCCGAGAACGAACUGUCGCGCUGGAACGUCUCAAGCCAGCUUUCCUCGAGGCCCCUCAAGAAACAUCCAACGCUUGCUCCAUCGGUGUUUCUCCGGACCUGGACCUUGGCAAUCCCACUAGCCCUCCCCAUCGACCCCCCCUCCAGUCCUCCUGCCCGCCGCAACAACCGCAAAUAGACCCUCGCCGCCGAGUUUCCUCGGCACCACACCUCCACAUCGCUCAUUACCUUCCUGCCACUCGCUAG